GCGUCGCGGGGCCUUAGGAGAGGAUGCGCUACGGCGGCCGAGACGGAGCGAAAUGUGGGCGCUGGCCGUGCGCCUGGGUCUUCGGGCUGCGGCGCGCGGGCGCCGGGGCUUCACCUCCAAGGCGGAUCCUCAGGGAAGUGGCCGGGUCACGGGCGAGCUGAUCCGGCACCUGGAGCAGCUGUCGCUGGUGGACUUCGGCAGCCAGGAGGCCGUGUCCCGGCUGGAGAAAGCCAUCGCCUUCGCCGACCGACUCCGCGCGGUGAACACCGACGGAGUGGAGCCCAUGGAAUCAGUCCUGGAGGACAGAUGUCUGUACUUAAGAUCCGACGAUGUGGUAGAAGGCAGCUGUGCUGAAGAACUACUACAAAACUCCCACCGAGUUGUGGAGGAGUAUUUUGUGGCUCCGCCAGGUAAUAUCUCAUGGUCAAAGCUGGAUGAAAAAUAGCCCUUCUCACAUCACUGAAUAGCUAUUCUGGGAAGGGGCAUUCUAUAAACAUGUGGAAGUGCAGCAACUACUUUGCAACAACUAUUUUGUUAUUAUGAACACUAAUGUACCACUUCCUUCAGUCACCUGAAAAAAGUGAUGGCUAGGUAUCUUUUAGUAACUAAUUCUGAAGCUAGAACUGGGAAAGAUCUAGCCAAAAUAAGGCAGAGUCCCUGAUACCAACAGGAAGUGGAAGGUACGGCUGAUUUCCAAGGAAAUGGAUCAAGUAUAUUCAUAGAUACUCACAGACCAUUCAGUGUGGAAGACUUUAUCCCUCCCUAAAAGACUGUCUACCAAACUGCACUUAAGUUAAUCUAUUUAUGUAACUGUUACAGACCUUGCAUCCGAUCACUUCGUGACAACCUUUUCAGUUGCUGUUUCCGUCAACCUGAGUACCCUUUUAUCUUUACUAAACAUACUUAAAUUUAUUCUUGGGUACCCACUGUGUUUCAAGGAGAGUGCUGAUUUUCUGCUAUGGUUAAAGGUGCGGGGAGGCAGUCUGGGGAGGUGAUGGGUGUUUAUGACCUUCACAGUUGUCAUUUCAUGUGUGUAUACUUCACCCCAAAUUCAUUGAGUUGUAUAGCUCAAUGUAAAAAGUACAGCUUUUUACAGGUUGACUAUAUUUCAAUAAAGUGGUUUAAAAAAAUA